AUGUCCGGCGUGAACUAUUUUGAGAAGCUCUCCGAUGAGAUAGUGGUGCUUGUGAUGUCCCAUUGCGAGUAUGACGAUUUAGACAAACUGGGAUUUGUAUGCCAGCGAUUCAACUUCAUCAUCCAGGAUGACAACGUGUGGAGGGAUGCAUUCAUGACUAAGUUCUGGUUACGUGACACCCAAUUUGUAAGCAGAAUCAAGAAUAUCUCUUGGAAACGAGAGUAUCUGGCACGAGUUAGGCUAUUGAGAGUAUGGGAGAGACACAGAGGCUUCUCCAAAGAGAUGGACCAUGGUCUCAUCAGUAUCAAUCAGUUAUAUAUCGAUGGCAUGGGGCAGAGAGAGAUCCGUGCAGGCAAUGCCGUGGGUAUAGGUAACGGCGUGGGCGACUUCGUAUUGACAUCUGUAGAAGGAGGCGAACUCAGACGGGGGACGAAUAAGGGUAGACUGUACAAGGGCCGCACACCCAUGGCACCCAAUCACGUAGUCACAGCCUCGUGCGUAGCCGAUGCACGCACGCUGGUGUAUGGCACGUCUACCGGAGCCCUAGCGAAGAUGAAUCUGCUGCACGAGGACCGGCAAUAUUUCGAACCACGACAUGGUUCCAGAGUCACACAUAUAGCCACAGACAAAGACAAUGUGAUGUCUUGUUCGGCUGAGAAUAUCAUCAAAGUCUGGGCGUUGGAGACCCGACAACUGCUCCACACUCUGUAUUGCAAAUCUCGUGCGACCUGUAUAGCUCUUGGACAGCGUCAGUAUGCUGUCGCAGGCUGCGCCGACGGUAUGCUGCGAAUGUGGUCUUUGGCAUCUACCUCCACACCUGCAACUACUAUUAUCCAACCAUUGGAAUAUAAGCUGCAGCCAGAAGAACAGUCGCAUGAAAGACCGGGGAGAGAACUUUCUGCUGGCACACUGCAGGUGUGGAGUCGGUUGACAGGAGACAAACUCAGAGAUGUGGGCGUAGGCAGAAUAAGAGGCCGACGGAAUGUGCCUGUAAGUGCCCUGGCCAUUGGGCAGUCCCAAGUAGCCAUAACGUACGGCAGCACUUUGCGUGUUCUUUUGCUGGACCAGAAGAGCAUGGACAUUGCCAGAUUGAAGAGACGACUGGUCAAUCAAGGCGUCCAGCUGAACAAAGACAUUGCAGAGCGCAAAUCCAACAACCGUACUAAGCGGGAUUACCAGCUAAACAUGGAUGAGGGAAUGGCGGAGAUUGAGAGUCAGGUUUAUUCGCGCAAUGAAUGGGAGAAAAGAGCAGGACAGAUGAAUGCCAACGGAGAUCUGAACGAAGACGAGAUGCUGAGUGUUGCGCUGGCCAUUUCAUUAAGUCAUAGUACCGGCUCAGUGAAUGGCAGAGCGGCAGCUGGAGAUUUCCUGGACAGUGGCGAUGAGUUGGACUAUGUAUUGCAGUACAGUCAGGUGGAAAUGUAGGAUUGCUAGAUGGAAACUUAGUGUAUUUAGUUGCGAACUUAACGUUUUUAGGUGGAAAUUCAGUGGCUUUAUUAGGAUGUUUAGUGCGAUCCAUCAUAACUUUGUGUGCACAACGAGUGGCACUUAAGUUCGACUGGGUUGGAAAUAUAAUACCGGUCGAACUUACGUAAAGGUCGCUGCCCUCAGGAAACUACAGGGUACGUCUAAUGUUUGAUUAAAAUGGGACCGGGGGGAUUAUUUGAUCAGGUUAUACAACGGGACGUAUAUCUGAUCCUCAGUGUUCCAUUUUAGUACAAUUUGAUGCAAUCGUGCCAGUAUGGACACCAGCGUAUGGAUGUACACCGCAACGAUGUUAGGCCGCAGUUUAGUAUUGUUUGGCGGUCUUGCCGAGCACCGAUGAGUUAAUUGAGAGGAGAGAAGGGGGUCUAUUGGGCACUGGUGAUGACUUUCGAACUGCAGUAUAGCCCGACAGCAAUAUAAUAGGGUUGAACAGUGCAGCAUAUCUAUUAUUUUUACAACAGAUGCGUAAAAACCGUUGAAUAUGUCAGAGUACAUAGUUGAUAUGAGGAUUUCAGAUGCAUGUGGAUUCUAGAUAAUUGAAUGGUGUAAUAGCAUGCUCGUGUAGAUAGAUGUAUCUAUGAUCCACAUUUUACCUCUUCUCGGACACGUGUACACGUGUAUGUAUAACACAGAUUAUGCAGGAGAGGUGAAGAGAGUAUACCUGCUUGAUAUACGACAAAGGCGCUCGGGGGCGUGUCCCAAAUAUGAUGUGGAAGAUAGGAAUCUCCAUGUGAUAACACCUAUAGAUAGAUGUUCUGCUUGACAUCGAGUUAGAAACUAUUUUAUAGCUAAUGUUAAAAACAUAAGCCGUAAGCUAUAAAGUUCGAGCAUCAUGAUCUAGGAUGACUAUGUAGGCGCUGUACACAAAUCCGAACCUGCCAAGGGCCAAACUGUACAUAACACAUGUCAGUCUCAAUACCGACAACAGUCUGGCAUUGCACAGUGUCAUUUUCACGCACUCUCUCAUCAAUUAUUUCGCCGAAGUCCGCGGGCUCGUACCAAAGGCAGCCAGCCUAUCCAUCCAGGUCGUCGCCCCUCUGAACUCUGUUGAAGAAACGCC